CCCCCCCCUUCUCGUCGUUUCUUUCCCUGCUCUCACCUCUCCGUAUUUUCCCUCCUAUCUCUCCACCCCUUACCUCUCCCACACUCUUUUCUGUCUUCCUGGUUUUUCAGUGGAUUAUCCACAGUUUAUUCAGAGCUAUAUACACAGGGGAGGGGCGCACACGAAACCAACCAGCUAUUCAGUCACGAUACCUAGACCAAAACGUUAAAAAAAAGACUACAAAUUAAACUUAAAUGAAUUCUUCCUUAAAUUUGAAAGACAUCCCUUAAAGAUACAGCCUGUGCCGCCUGUACCCUUAUCAGCACGACAGAUUAACCUGCACACUAAUCGAUUACGUGGAAAAAAACUUUGGGAGAGGAAUCUAAAAGAGACACCAAAAACUCAACUCUGAGUCAGACAUCCCACUUCCAGUCUGACUCCCAAACGAGACAGAUCAUCAUGCAGAGACAUUACAGAACACAUCAAUUUGAAUAGCAUCACCGAAAGCUGCACCUUGAAGCACAUCCCUGAGAAAAUAUACCUGAACUUUUGGGCAAACACCCACAAAAAGAAACUCGCCUUUAGUUUUAUAGCCAUACAGUGGACUCUCACCUGCAUGGCUGCAAGGCAUCCACCUGCAACUACAGAUCCUUAAUGCAGAUGUUUCCUCUGUACCCCUGAGAAACAUCACUUUAAAGUGGCCAGUCACUUUAGCUGUUGAAAGAGCAGAUACACCCCUUGAGACUUAAUGUAGAAGAUAAGGACAAUGAUAAAGUGCAUGGAUGAUAACGAUUAUGUGACAGCUUAAAAGUGUUAUUAAGGGCGUGCCAGGGUAAACACAGUUUGAAAAGGAGAGUGUGUCAGAGAAACUGCCUGAGACUGUGACAGCCUUUUGUGUGUAACAGUGACACCUUGCAGGCACUAGGCUAUAGUGUUGUGUAUUAUGUGGUGUGGUUGUCUAUUCAUUGGUUAGUCUGUAAUAUUGUAUGCUUGCUGUACAGUUGUUAAAGGUCUAUAUGCAUUUGCAAGUUUGAGUAGUAGAAGUGUGUAUCUUUAUUGUUGUGUAGUUUUGUAUGAUUGUUUUUGACGUUCCUGGAAGCAGACAUGGCAGAACAGGAGGGGUUGCAGUAUGGAAAAGCAGAUUUUGUUCUUAUGGACACCGUCACAUUACCAGAAUUCAUGGAAAACCUGAAACUCAGAUUUGAGAAGGGCAGGAUCUACACAUUCAUCGGAGAGGUUGUGGUGUCUGUAAACCCCUACAAGAGUCUCCCCAUUUAUGGGAAAGAUACUAUUGAGAAAUAUAAAGGGAGGGAACUUUACGAAAGACCCCCUCAUCUGUUUUCCAUCGCAGACGCUGCUUAUAAGGCCAUGAAGAGGCGGUGUAAGGACACAUGUAUAGUAAUAUCAGGGGAGAGUGGAGCCGGAAAAACGGAGGCCAGCAAAUACAUCAUGCAGUACAUUGCAGCGAUCACCAAUCCUAGCCAGAGAGCUGAGGUGGAGAGGGUGAAGAACAUGUUGCUGAAAUCUAAUUGUGUCUUGGAGGCUUUUGGAAAUGCAAAAACUACUAGAAAUGACAACUCCAGCCGAUUUGGGAAAUACAUGGAUAUUAACUUUGAUUUCAAAGGAGAUCCUAUUGGGGGUCACAUCAGUAAUUACUUACUAGAAAAGUCUCGUGUUAUAGUUCAGCAAUCGGGAGAGAGGAACUUCCACUCAUUCUACCAGAUGAUUUUGGGAUCCACAGAUCAGGUGCUUCGUUCCCUCCAUCUGCAGAAAGAUAUCUCAGUAUACACUUACACCCGCACAGGAGCACAACUCAAAUCUUCUAUUAACGAUUCUGCAGAGUUCAGAGAGGUCUCUGAGGCUAUGAAGGUGAUUGGAUUUAAGCCAGAAGAGAUUCAAACUGUCUACAAAAUUUUGGCAUCCAUCCUACAUCUGGGGAACCUUAAGUUUGUUUUAGAUGGAGAUGUCACUCUCAUCGAGAAUGGCAAAGUGGUGUCAGUAGUGGCUGACCUACUGGGCUCUCGUGCUGAGCUCCUUGAAAAAGCACUGCUCUUCAGAACAGUGGCCACGGGGCGGGAUGUCAUAGACAAACAACACACAGAGAAGGAGGCCAGCUACGGGAGAGAUGCAUUCAGCAAGGCUAUCUAUGAGCGUCUCUUCUGCUGGAUUGUGAGUCGCAUUAAUGAUGUGAUUGAAGUGAAGCAACAAGAUCCAACACUCCAUGGGAAGAACACGGUGAUAGGUGUACUGGACAUAUACGGAUUUGAGAUCUUUGACAACAACAGCUUUGAACAGUUCUGUAUUAAUUACUGUAACGAGAAGCUGCAGCAACUGUUUAUACAGCUGGUUCUAAAGCAGGAACAGGAGGAAUAUCAGAGAGAAGGGAUCCCAUGGAAACAUAUAGACUAUUUCAAUAACCAAAUCAUUGUGGACCUGGUUGAGCAGCAGCACAAAGGAAUAAUCUCCUUGCUGGAUGACGCCUGCAUGAACGUGGGGAAAGUGACAGACGCCAUGUUCCUAGAAGCGCUCAACAAGCAGCUGGGGAAACACGCACACUAUUCUAGCAGAAAGGUCUGUGCCACUGACAAAGCCCUGGAGUAUGACAGAGAUUUCCGCAUUCGACACUAUGCUGGAGAUGUUCUCUACUCCGUAUUGGGCUUCAUAGAUAAAAACAAGGAUACACUAUUCCAGGACUUCAAGAGGUUGAUGUAUAACAGCUCUAAUCCAGUACUGAAAACCAUGUGGCCUGAGGGCAAGCUAAGCAUCACAGAGGUCACCAAACGUCCCCUUACAGCUGCCACCCUAUUCAAAAACUCCAUGAUUGCUCUUGUGGACAACUUGGCAUCCAAGGAGCCAUACUAUGUUCGCUGCAUCAAACCAAAUGACAAAAAGUCUCCCUCCUUGUUUGACCCUGAGCGCUGCCGCCACCAAGUGGAGUAUCUGGGGCUGCUGGAGAAUGUGCGUGUGCGGAGAGCUGGAUUUGCUUAUCGCCAGGUGUAUGAGAGGUUCCUUCACAGGUACAAGAUGAUCUCCCAGCUCACGUGGCCUAACCAUGAGUUCCCGUCUGAUCGUGUGGCUGUGCAGAAGCUCCUGGAGGAGACUGGCUUUCAUCAAGAUGUGGCCUAUGGCAAAACCAAGGUGUUUAUACGCACACCACGCACAUUGUUCUCACUAGAGGAGAAACGCAGUGAGAUGCUGAUCCGAAUCAUACUCUUCCUGCAAAAGGUUUGGAGGGGAACCCUUGCUCGCCGUCGUUAUAAGAGGACACGGGCAGCUCUUACAAUAUUGCGUCACUAUAGAAUAUACAAGGUAAAAUCUUACAUCCAGGAAGUGAUCCGCAGGUUCAAUGGAGUACGAAACAGUCGAGAUUAUGGGAAACAUGUCAAGUGGCCAACACCACCUAAAGUGCUCCGCCGGUUCCAAGAGGCCCUGCAGAAUAUACACCUUAGGUGGAGAGCAUUCCAUCUCAUUAAAAGUCUGCCCCCAGCAGAGAUACCAAAGGUCAGGGCUAAAGUGGCUGCCUUGGAGAAUUUGAAAGGUCAUCGAACUGACAUGGGCCUCCAGAGACAUUGGGAAGGAAGCUACCUGACUUCAAACAAUCAGAACUUAUUUGUGUCUCGGGCUAAUGAGCUGCAGAGGAAAGACAAGUACAUGCAAGCUCUGUUUUCAAUCCACGUGCGCAAGGUGAACAGAUUUAAUAAGGUAGAAGACCGCGCCAUCUUUAUCACAGACCGCCACUUGUACAAGAUGGAUCCGGAAAAACAGUAUAAAGUGAUGAGCAGCACACCACUUUAUAAUGUAUCCGGCAUCAGUGUGACAAAUGGAAAGGAUCAGCUUGUGGUCUUCCACACAAAGGAUCACAAAGACCUGAUUGUGUGUCUGGACUCUAUUGGGCAGGCCCAAAAUGAGAGCCUUGUAGGGGAGCUGGUUGGCGUUUUGGCUAACCACUUCAAGAGUGAGAAGAGGCGUCUGCAGGUCACAGUGUCACAUCCGGUGCAGUGUAGCCAACAUGGAAAGUCCUGCUCCAUUGCAGUGGAAACAAAAAUCAACCAAUCACAGCCCAACUUCACCAAAAGUCGUACCGGCUUCACCCUUAUUGUGCCAGCCAAUUAACCAGCACAUGCCUGGAUCUUAAAAGGAUACUGAGUAUCUCUGUAUUGUGCCUUAAUAGCUAGCCAAAACUGGACCCUUGCCAGGUCUGAUUUGUUUGGAUGUGGGGACUGGAUCCCUUUAAAAUCUCUUCAGAUGUCAGAGGGUACAGUUGGCACUCAAUACGUGCUAGUUUAAUGAUAUAUAUUUCAUCCUGUCUUCCUAUAAAAGCUUGUACAUGAUUGUGUCAGAUCUGACAGUUUAUUUUUCCUGAAUAAAAUAAAUUUAUACUAUAGUCUCCUGAA